AAGCUUGUUCUAGUUCUAACCCUUUUGAUUUUUUCUCCUAAAUCCUCUCCUUUGUGCGCUGUGCCUCUCUUUUCCCUUUCUCAGUUUCCCUUUUUUCAGUUCUUUUUUCUCAUUCCUUCUGUGUAACUCUGUCUCUCUGCUGCAUCAAAAGCUCGUCUCUUUUGCAAUUGUUACUGUGCAGUUUCACAAACCUUCACAGAACUCAUUCAUUCCUUCAUUACCCAUCAAUAUUUGCUCUGUCAGCAUGUCUCAGACUAACUGGGAAGCUGAUAAGAUGUUAGAUGUUUAUAUCCAUGAUUACCUAGUGAAGAGGGAUUUGAAGGCCUCAGCUGAGGCUUUUCAAGCUGAAGGGAAAGUGUCGUCGGACCCUGUUGCUAUUGAUGCACCCGGAGGAUUUCUGUUCGAGUGGUGGUCUGUUUUCUGGGACAUAUUUAUUGCCAGGACCAAUGAGAAGCACUCUGAGGUUGCUGCAUCUUAUAUCGAGACACAAUUUAUGAAGGCUAGAGAGCAACAACAACAACAGCAACAACAACAACAAUCACAACCUCAGCAGUCACAACAUCAACAACAACAACAGCAGCAACAACAACACAUUCAGAUGCAACACAUCCUGUUACAGAGGGCUCAGCAGCAGCAGCAACAACAACAACAACAGCAACAACAACCACAGCAGCAACAACAACAACAACAGCCACAACAUCAACAACCACCACCUCAGCAGCAGCAACAGGGUAGGGAUAGGACCCAUCUCUUAAAUGGUGGUACCAAUGGGUUAGUUGGAAACCCUAGCACUGCAAAUGCACUGGCAACAAAGAUGUACGAGGAAAGGUUAAAACUUCCCCUUCAAAGGGACUCUUUGGAAGAUGCAGCAAUGAAGCAAAGAUUUGGAGACCAACUCUUGGACCCAAAUCAUGCCUCAAUAUUGAAGUCAUCUGCAGCUACUGGCCAGCCUUCAGGCCAAGUUUUGCAUGGUGCUGCUGGUGCAAUGUCUCCACAAGUUCAAGCUCGUAGUCAGCAAUUACCAGGGUCUACUCCGGAUAUAAAGAGUGAGAUCAAUCCCGUUUUAACUCCCAGAGCUGCAGGUCCUGAAGGAUCAUUGAUAGCAAUGCCUGGUUCAAAUCAAGGUAGCAACAAUUUAACUCUAAAAGGGUGGCCACUAACGGGUUUGGAGCAACUACGUUCUGGUAUGCUUCAACAACAGAAACAACCUUUCAUACAGUCUCCUCAACCAUUUCAUCAACUUCCAAUGUUGACACCACAACAUCAGCACCAACUAAUUCUGGCACAACAAAAUUUGGCAUCACCAUCUGGCAGUGAUGAUAAUAGAAGGCUCAGAAUGCUGCUGAAUAACAGGAAUAUGGGUGUAGCUAAGGAUGGUCUUUCGAACCCUGUUGGUGACGUGGUAUCAAAUGUUGGAUCACCUCUUCAAGCAGGUGGCCCUGCUUUCCAGCGUAGUGAUACAGACAUGCUAAUGAAGUUGAAACUGGCACACUUACACCAUCAACAACAGCAGAAUGCCAAUCCACAACAACAGCAGCAGCAACUGCAACAACAUACUCUAUCAAAUCAGCAAUCUCAGUCUUCAAAUCAUAACAUGCAUCAGCAGGAUAAAAUAGGGGCAGGUGGUGGUAGUGUCAAUGUGGAUGGUAGCAUGUCAAACUCCUUUAGAGGAAAUGAUCAGGUUUCCAAAAGCCAGACUGGGAGAAAGAGGAAGCAGCCUGCAUCUUCUGGUCCUGCCAAUAGUUCUGGAACAGCUAAUACAGCUGGCCCAUCUCCAAGUUCAGCCCCCUCGACUCCCUCGACUCAUACACCCGGUGAUGUGAUGUCAAUGCCUGCUUUACCUCAUAGUGGCAGUUCUUCGAAGCCAUUAAUGAUGUUUGCUGCCGAUGGUGCUGGAACUCUUACAUCACCUUCAAACCAGUUGUGGGAUGAUAAGGAUCUUGAAUUGCAGGCUGAUGUGGAUCGUUUUGUGGAGGAUGGAUCUCUUGACGAUAAUGUUGAGUCUUUUUUAUCCCAUGAUGAUACUGACCCGAGGGAUACUGUUGGUCGUUGUAUGGAUGUAAGCAAAGGUUUUACAUUUUCUGAGGUAAAUUCUGUACGUGCAAGCACUAACAAAGUUGUCUGUUGCCAUUUCUCGUCUGAUGGGAAAUUGCUUGCUAGUGGUGGACAUGACAAAAAGGCUGUUUUAUGGUUCACAGAUACUCUACAGCAAAAGGCUACUCUUGAAGAGCAUGCUUCUUUAAUCACUGAUGUUCGUUUCAGUCCAAGCAUGCCUCGCCUUGCAACAUCUUCAUAUGACAGAACUGUCAGGGUGUGGGAUGUUGAUAAUCCUGGAUAUACGCUGCGAAGUUUUACUGGUCAUUCUGCAUCUGUUAUGUCACUAGAUUUUCACCCUAAUAAAGAUGAUCUUAUCUGCUCUUGUGAUGUCGAUGGUGAGAUCCGAUAUUGGAGUAUUAAGAAUGGAAAUUGUGCUAGAGUCUCAAAGGGUGGCACUGCUCAGAUGAGAUUUCAACCUCGUCUAGGGAGGUACCUAGCUGCAGCUGCUGAGAAUGUUGUUUCAAUACUUGAUGUGGAAACGCAAGUAUGUCGAUAUUCAUUAAAGGGACAUACAAAAUCAAUACAUUCAGUGUGUUGGGAUCCUUCUGGGGAGUUCCUGGCAUCUGUCAGUGAGGACUCUGUAAGGGUUUGGACUCUUGGAUCAGGGAGUGAAGGGGAGUGUGUUCACGAGCUUAGCUGCAAUGGCAAUAAAUUUCACUCGUGUGUUUUCCAUCCAACAUAUUCUUCGCUUUUGGUAGUUGGUUGUUACGAGUCAUUGGAGCUCUGGAACAUGACUGAGAACAAGACAAUGACUCUAUCCGCUCAUGAAGGUCUUAUUGCCGCAUUGGCAGUUUCUACUGUAAAUGGUUUGGUUGCUUCAGCCAGUCAUGACAAGUUUGUGAAGCUAUGGAAGUGACUUGGUUGCGUCUCAUCAAUACAGGUUGUUUUAUCAGUGUUGAUAAUGAAUGAUGUUUGUAGUUUGUCCCCCUUUUUGUAGUUUGAUCAACCACCCCUCAACAUAUUUUUAGUUUAUGUUCCCUUAUGUAGCUUGAUCAUUAGUUUAUGUGCCCUUCUUUUAUGAUGUAGCUUGAUCAGUCACCCUUCCCCUUUUGCCGUUUAAUAUAAUCUGAUUAUGUAAUAAUAGAUAUUGACUUUUGUAAUAUUGUCACCCCUGUUGUACUCUGUUUCAUAAUUGUUUUACUUGGAGAUUUCUAA